AUGUCGUCGCCCCUCUCCCUGGAAGAUGAUGAACCCAAAAGACUUUCUCUUCCCCGCAAACUCGUUUUGCUAGUCAUGUGUUGUCUUGCUCAGUUUAUGGAUACCUUCAGUACAACAGCUCUCUUGUCUGCGAUCCCUACACUCGAGGCAUCCAUGGGUAUGAACGAAGCUCAAUCCACUUGGGUGAUUAGUGCGUUCCGAUUAACUUUUUCAUCAUUCCUGCUUAUUAGUGGCCGUCUCAGCGACGUAUACAACCCAAAAACUGUGUUCAUCGGAGGAGUGUCCGGUCUUGGCAUCCUCUCGCUGUGUGCCGGAUUUGUUGACACCACAAUUCCGAUCCUUGUUCUCAGAGCAAUGACUGGAAUAGCUUCUGCAAUGACGAUCCCCUCCGCCCUAAAACUCCUGGUCAAGGUAUUUCCCGAUCCGCUCGAACAAGCUCGGGCAGUAGGGUUCUUCGCAGGCUGCGGUGCGGUCGCCAACAUGGGUGGUGUCUUGGUCGGCGCAAUAUUCGUCCAAUGGGCUUCUUACCAUUGGGUCUUCUGGUUUGUAACCUGCGUGGCUUCUCCGGUGGCUCUGGUCUGUUUUUUCAUCAUUCCGUCACAAAUUGGAGAGACUGUAGGCAGUUUUGAUCCUGAAAAGGCGAAAUGGAAAACUCUUGAUUUGGUUGGCAUAGUCAUUCUAACUGUUGCUUUCAUCUUGUUCAUCUUCGCCGUAACAUCCGGUUCGACUGUUGGUUGGAAAUCCCCGAUGGUGUUGGUCCUCCUGAUCGUUUCGAUUUUAAUGGUGGUUGGGUUUUUCUACUGGGAAACACUCUUGCCUGUGAACGAAGCUGCAAUACCACCCCAGACGUGGUUUUACCACAACUUCUCCGUUCUGUUCGCCGUUGCACUCUUGCCCUCCUUCUGGUGGAAUGCAGUGAUGUUCACGUUUAGCAUCAUGUGGCAAAACGUGUUUAAGUGGUCGGUAAUAUCGUCGGCUGUCCACAUGGCGCCGAUUGGCAUCGUAGCCUUCGCUACGAGUUUCACAGGAUCACUUUCUCGCAUCUUCAGUCCUAAGUGGAUUAUUCUCACUGGUCUAUCAUUGUGCAUGACCGCCACCCUAUUGCUCGCGCUCGGCGGGGGGAAGUCCGAGAAUUAUUGGCUGUAUGUGUUCCCAGCAUUUUCACUAGGCAGCGCAGGAAUCAUGAUGACUUUUACACAUUCGAACAUUGCUAUUUUCCAAGCUGCGCCUUCAUCCAAGGCUGGCACAGUUGGUGCCAUCUAUAACGGCGCGCUUCAAUUUGGAUCAGGAAUAGGUCUUGCUGCUAUGAGCGCAAUAGAGACGUCCGUAGAGGCCAACCAUGGGGGUUCGCAUGAGUACGCCGGACGAGCUGCGACGUUUUGGUUCGUCAUUGGAGUUGUCGCUCUUCAAUUCAUCUCGAUAUCGAUCUUUUACGACCGCAGCACAGAUCACAAGCCCCAACCGACGCACGACGGCCCCCCUACACAACACAUCACCCACAGUGACGACAAGUCUGUUGAGGCGGACGUAAUCACCAUGCCCGAACUUCCGAAGUAA